UAUAUAGUAAUUGCAAAUAUAUACAUAUAUAUUUAAUCUAUGUUCUGUGGGAAACAUCUGGAUUUUAUUAAGUACGGUUUUGUAUUGUCGUUGCUUACAGUUCAAGUUUUAGUUACAGACUUUAAAAAUGGCAUUGUCUCAGCUCCAGUGUUUGGAUGAUAAUCAUGUAAACUGGCGGACCAACGAGUCCAAGCCCGAAUUUUACUACAGCGAAGAACAGAGGUUAGCUGUCGAAGCUUUGUUGGCAAGUGGACCCGACGCUUUCCAAGAAGUUAUUAAGAAGCACAAUAUUCGGGACUUUUUAUCAAAACCCGAGCUUGAACGGAUUUGCAGGGUUGUAGAGACUUACCAACCAGGCUCUGAAAAUGUCAAAGGAGACAGUGAAAACGGCGAUGAGGAGAGUCGAGCCGUGUCCCUGCAAUACUGGCCGGACAGAUCUGACAUUUCCAUCCCAAAACUGGAUAGGGGGUGGCCAGACAGCGCGUCGUACAGAGGGGUGACCAGAGCUAAUGUCUAUACACAGCCACCCAUGGAGGGACAGACGCACAUCAAAGAAGUAGUCAGGAAAAUAAUCAUCCAGGCACAGAAGGUGAUAGCAGUAGUCAUGGACCUUUUCACAGAUGUUGAUAUUUUUAAAGACAUGUUGGAUGCAGGUUUCAAGAGAAAAGUAGCAGUCUACAUCAUACUGGAAGAGACCAACGUUCAUCAUUUCCUGCAGAUGUGCCAGAAGGCAGGGAUGCACUCCGGACACCUGAAGAACUUGAGAGUGCGCAGUAUUGGCGGGACAGAGUUUUACACUCGCUCGUCGUUGAAGAUCCGAGGUUUAAUGAGCCAGAAGUUCAUGUUUGUCGAUGGAGACCGGGCUGUGUCAGGCUCAUACAGCUUUACGUGGACUGCAUCCAGAAUGGACAGAAACCUCAUCACGGUCCUUACAGGACAGGCUGUGGACACUUUCGAUAAGCAGUUUCGAGAUCUCUACUUGAACUCCAAAGAAGUUAACUUGAAUACUGUUAAGCUGGUGGAAGAACCAGAGCCUGUACCUGUCCCACAGGCAGCCCCGCCACCUGUCCAAUCCGCCGAAGUAGCACGAAAGAUGAUAAACCCCAAAUAUACCAUUCUCAUGGCUGGUAACCAGGAGACUGCCUCCAAAGCAUCUUCCGGAAAGAACAGCGACAAAGCCAAAGCAGUUCCGGAACCGGUCGAGAUCAAACAGGAACCUCCAUCAAUCCACCCGGGACUUCUCUACCUUGAACGAGCCUACAUGAUUAAUUAUGUACCAACAUGGCCAGAGCCAGAUCCACCAAGCGAUGUCAUUGGCUUUAUUAACAUCAGAGACUCGAAGAAACCCAAUCAGGCACACCUGAUGAGGUCAGAGCUUUUUAAAACUUCACAAGCUAUACGAUUCAAAGAACCUUUUAAUCCAGCGCAACGCCCAGACACCCAGGAUCAACCCGCUCCUCAGAAAACAGAAAAGGUAGCCAAGCAUUCUACCAAGGUCCCGGAGCCUGGAAGCAAUGCUAAAGUGAAAACGAAUGACAUCGUGAGUGCGCCAAAAACUGAACACAAGCCUUUAGCAAAUGAACAACCAAAAGAGUCCUUGGACAAGCCGACCCCACCGGUUCCUAAACCCAGAACUGUUCAUUUAGUAUUAAACAGUAGUUCCACUGCUUCAAAUGAAAAUCUAGAUAUUGCCGAGGUUUUUAAAAAACCUCACAAUACAGCCAGACAAAAAACAGAAGAACAGAAGGAAUCAGAAACAACUGAACUUGAUCUGGCAGUCUGUACAGUGGACAGUAUUGAAACUCAUACAAUAGAGGAGGGGAAAUUGGAAGAGAGCAGUGGUGAUGACAUUAACUCCAGUGAAUUUGUCAACGACGGAUCGAGUAUUUCUUCAGCAUCCGAGGAAUGCUUUGAAUACAAUGACUCUGACAGUGGGCUCCAGGGAACCAAGCAUGAGCAUAUCCUUAAUGGUGUGAGUCAUCAUGACCCAGAGGCUACACACCGCAUGGCUAGGUUCUCUCAGUCUCUGGUGGACUUACGGCCUGAGUCCCAAAAGAAGUUGGACGAUAACCAGGAACGAACCAGCAAAGCAUUAGAGGACAUAAAGGGCUUGGAGAAAAGACAGAAACUCCCUGUAAAUGAUCGUCUGUAUUACAGUAGGAAGCAGAAGCAGAUGUGUCAGACGUCAUCCAGAUCACCAGCCAGCACCAUCCAGUCGGACGGUGAAAACCAGACACACCGGCUGGCGAGAGGCCCGAUGAAGGUGGUGAUCGCCAAGCCUGGCAGCCACCACCGGACCACCAAGACGUCAGCACCUGUCAUCGGAGGGUAUAAGUACUGGCAGGGCAAGGCCAACAGUUUUUCCCAUGUCAAAUCGAACAGUGGGCACAGCGCUCCCAACAGAUUAACCCGGGACAGGGUGUCAGCAGACAGCUCCAUGACACCCUUUGGGGUCUCCUGUUCCAAACUGUCCCAGAUCAAACAUCUCAGGAACAAAAUCCCACAAAAGAGGAUGCCCCUGGACCCCUGACGCAAACCAGUUAUUAACUGGUGCAUCAUUCUGAUGUAUAUAUUUAAGAUAUUUAAACAGGGUAGAUCUGCCAAGAAGCAGCAUCUCGUUUUCAGAGAUGUUUUAGCUUACCCUAUUUGCUAGUUGCUCGGGCAAAUUGAAAAAUGGUUUACUUUUUGCGGUGGUGGAUUUUAAAUUGGAACCUGGUGUCAGUUUAAUGUCUCAUCCAAAGACUUACAAAACAGUGACCUCUAUACUAAAAUUGUGCUGGAACGUUGGUUGCUUGCAGGCCCUAAUGAGCCACCAAUAGGACUGCUCCAUUUGGCUUUUCAUCAUACUGUAGUUUUCGUAGUCCCUGUCUGUCUGUCCCCCAUCCAGGUACUGACCAAGACCAAUGCUGCUUAGCUUCUGAGAUCUGACAAGAUCAGAAUCGAAGGUGUUAUAAGUGCAGAAGAAUAGAAGGCUA